AUGGAAAAGAUAAGCUGUGUUUCUUACUUUGCUCUUGCAGUCCUUUGCUUAUCCACAUUGUCCUUUGGCAAGGCCAGUGCCAAAGUUCCUGCCUUGUUCAUAUUUGGAGACUCAACAGCUGAUGUUGGGACCAACAACUUCUUGCCUGAGAGCCAGGCCAGAGCAGACCACCCCUUCUAUGGGAUAGACUUUCCCAACUCUACACCAACUGGGAGCACUCGGUCUCUGCUGUGCAAUGGAACAGCAGGUUGUCCCAUUGUCAGAACAGAUCGAGCAAUUUGUCACAGUUCACAACAAUCUAACAGCCCUCAGGGUUCAAAGGCAACAGGGAAACUGCUCUCAAAAUCCAUCUUCUGCAUCAGCGUCGGAAGCAAUGACAUCUUCGGUUACUUUCUCAGCAACUCCAGUAUCCCUAAGAAACAAUUCUUCUCUACUCUGUUGUGCCAGUACGAGGCUGACGUAAAGGAUAUUAAGCUUAAGAAUCCCAAGAAACCAAAAGCUAAGAAUUUCACAGCUUGUAGGCUUAAGCCUAAAGGGCUGUAA